CAGUGUGCCAGUGUGGCCAGGAUAGACAAAGUAACGGCUGAGCUUGUGUUGGUUAGUAGGUGUAGUUUGCUAGCAGCCAGGCUAGCUUUAGACACUGCCAUCACAUCAGUGGCUAUGGCGUUGUGUUUUUCUUUUAGAGUGGCUUUACUCCUGUCUCUGUGGACAACUUCAACCUGUGAUAUUCCUCGUGGAGUUCUUUAUACGGAGUGUCGUGAGCGUUACUUCAUGAUAGCUGCUGGUCUCUCCUUUGCUGGGAAUGAACCUCGUUUUGAGGCUGUUGAUAGUACAGGUGUGCACGCCAUCACUGAGCAGUAUGCAGCAGAGUGUGGCUACGCCAUCAGUUUUUUCCCCCUCCUUGGCCGCCUGGAGCUCAGAGCCUCUUACUUCAGCUGUCACACUGAUAACACAGAUGAUAAUGUGUUCACGUUCAACUUCAACCUGAUUGUGACACAUGAAGGAAAGCAGACUGCCUAUGCACUGAACAAGACCUGCACUCUGUCACUCCCCUGGUCUCCCAGAGAGGUGACCUGUGAGGUCAACUACAUGGAAGUGUCUGUGAGGAGUGAAGCGGCAUGUCCGUCUGAGAAUGACACAGAUUCUGCUUUUAAACCCUCCCUUUACUCAGACUGGCAAGUGAUGUUUCAAAGAGCGGACGAGCAGUUUCAGCCCAUGAACCUCUCUGAAGCUCGGAAGCUGGGCUAUGUGUUCGCACUCACAGAUGGAAGGCUUGUGUUUCGUACACCAUAUGAGAAACUCCAUUCUCUUAGCACUGAGGUGAACGAUGUUCCAGUAGAGGUGGUCCAUGCAGUCCUGUUCUCCAGACAAAGCUGGGUUGUUGUAGUGGUUGACCUGUUGGCUGCUUGCUCCAUGCAUGAUGGGUUAUAUUAUGGUGGCUAUAUGACGUGGGAGACUCCUGAGCCGCUCCACUGCCUGGUGUCUCCCUUAAGUGAAACGGCGGUCAGUAUUGGAGUCGACGGCGAACUUGUGGAGCAGGCAGUUGCAGAGAAAAGGGGCUACACUGUGGAGAAGUAUAACACCACGGUGCACAUUGGCAUCCCUUACAAUGCUGAAGGAGGCCACAGGAAGAGCUUCGUGUCUCAAGACCUCUAUGAAUACUACAUCUUUAAUCUCUACUUGGAGCAAAUUUCAGUCGAUGAGGCUAAGAUUGCAGCCAGGCUUCGUUUUCACAGGACUCUAGUCACACCCUUGCAGCCCCAUCCUGUUUUCACUUUAAACGAAACUGUUCCUGAGGAGCGUGUGUUCACCAUCUAUCUCGGAGAUGUCCCUGAAGAUGUUCAGUUAGUUUCUGUCCAGCUGAAUGGACAAGAUGUUGCGCUGCCACUUACAAAUGCAAGCACCCACAACAUCACUGAAGUUCUUCACCCCAACACCACCCAUGGCUACACUCUGAAGGUGCUCUUCUCUGACCCUGCUGUUAAACAGAAGUUCUCCAGAAAAGAUGUGGCAAUACAGCACAUGCUGGACAUCAACUACACACUGGCUGUUAUGCCUGGAAAUGAGCCUUAUCACUAUCAAACAUCAGUCAUGGCACUAACUCCUGUCUCCCCUCCAGCCUUUGAUGCUGUCUGCUCAGAGUCUGGGAUACGCUUCAAGCUGGCCUACCGUCCUUUUGACUACGUGUGGCAGAUCACCAUUGGCUCUGAUGUGCUAACAUCAGAACUGGCAGAGCGGCGUGGCUACAUCAUGAGUAACAACAGCAACACUUUGAUACUUGAUGUGCCGCUCUACACUCAAGGGUAUCAGUACCAGGACGUCACUUUGACGGGAUUCUCUGGAACUUUUGAGAUCCUUGUGAGGGAUCAUGACACGUCGCAGGUCCAGGCCUCCACUGUGAAGACCUGUCUGUUCUAUCCUCCUGAAUUCAUCAUGUGUUCGACUGAUGGGAGGGUGACUGUGGUGGCUAACUUGUCUCUGGUGGUUCCAAGUGGUGGGAGCCCAGCAGAAGCCAGCCUGAUAGACAAAUCCUGCGGGCCCAAAGAUGCAGAUGGCACCAGGGCCCUAUUUUCUUUUCCUGUCAAUGGCUGUGGGGCUAUAAUCACGCUGGGCAAGGAGUACGUGACCUAUAACAAUGAGAUUGUCUUCAACCCUGUGAGAAAUCCAGGAGAUAUGAGGAGCAGGGUCACACUGCAGUGUACAUAUGCAGUUGCUGGAUUACGCGCUCUCUUCUCGGUGUACAAGUUUGAGUCUGACACAGUUGGUGUUGGUCGUGUCUUCCGUUCUGAUCGCAUCACUGAAGGUCGUGCAGGGGAGUCCACUAGAGUGUCCACCAGGCAUCCCACGAGACUGCCCCCAGCGCGGCCUCGUUACCAGCCUUAUGCUCAGUACAUCAAAGUAUCCAGUUUCCUAAAGAAUCUCUCCAACAAAGGACUGAAGGACUCAUCACAAGUUAAUGUCAAUGCUGUCAUUUAAAGGAUUGUGACUUCAAUGAUUUUUAAAAUAAAGAUCACUAAAUUCUCACACU